CCGGAGGCGGACGACCUGCCCGACGCCGUCGUCAGCCGCGACAACUGCCCCGCGCUCGUCGUCGCCGACGCGGACGUCGACACCUCGGAGCAGUUCCGCAAGUUCGAGUUCCAGCCGUACUGGAUGAAGAGCCGCGAGUACUGGGACGCCAACUUCGAGUCGCGCUACAAGGACAGGAAGGAGAAGUGGACCGACAUGCCGCUCAAGGUGGUGAUCGUGCCGCACUCGCACAACGACCCUGGCUGGCUGAAGACCUUCGAGAGCUACUAUCACUACCAGACCCGCAACAUCCUCAACAACAUGGCCGACAAGCUGCCCGCGCUGCGCAACAUGACCUUCAUGUGGACGGAGAUCGCCUUCUUCGCGCAGUGGUGGGAGACGGCUCACCCGACGAAGCGGCGAGUGGUGCGCCGGCUGCUGGAGGAGGGCCGGCUGGAGAUGACGACGGCGGGCUGGGUGAUGACCGACGAGGCCACCUCCCACGUGUACGCCAUGCUGGACCAGCUCAUCGAGGGGCACCAGUGGCUGAAGAACAACCUGGGUGUGGAGCCGCGCUCCGGCUGGUCGGUGGACCCGUUCGGGCACGGCUCGACCGUCCCCUACCUGCUGAAGGCGGCCGGGCUGGGCGGCGCCGUCAUCCAGCGCAUCCACUACGCCUGGAAGCAGUGGCUGGCCGAGCGCCAGAUGGGCGACUUCCUCUGGCGCCAGAACUGGGACCGCGACGGCAGCGCCGACCUGCUCGUGCACAACCAGCCCUUCGACAUCUACUCCAUCAAGCACUCGUGCGGCCCGCACCCACAGGUGUGCCUCAACUUCGACUUCCGCAAGAUCCCGGGCGAGUACACGGAGUACUCGGUGCGGGCGGUGCCGAUCGACCGGUCGAACGUGCGCCAGAAGGCGGAGCUGCUGCUGGAGCAGUACGGCCGCACGGCGUCGCUGUCGCCCGCCAACCUGGCGCUCAUCCCGCUGGGCGACGACUUCCGCUACGACCGCGACGUCGAGUGGCAGCAGCAGUACGCCGGAUACUCGCAGCUCAUCGCCUACAUCAACGCGCACCGCGACCGCUACCACGCCGAGGUGAACUUCGGCACGGUGUCUGACUACUUCGACGCGCUGCGCGAGCGCUCGGCCAAGCUGCGCGCGGCCAACAGCAGCGCCGGCUUCCCGCGCAUCCGCGGCGACUUCUUCGUCUACAGCGACAUCUUCAGCGAGGGCCGGCCCGCCUACUGGUCGGGCUACUUCACCACGCGGCCCUACUGGAAGCUGCUGGACAGGGAGCUGGAGGCCGCGCUGCGCUCCGCCGAGAUCCUCUACGCCGUCGCUCUCGCCGCCGCCCGCAGGCCGCCCACCUCGUCGGCGCCGUCCAACUCGUCGGUGAUGCGCCGGCUGUUGGAGCGCGACUUCGAGCGGCUGGUUCGGGCCCGCCGCUCGCUGGCGCUCUUCCAGCACCACGACGCCAUCGCCGGCACCAGCAAGGCCUUCGUCAUGCACGACUACGCGCUCAAGCUGUUCGAGGCCAUCCAGGACGCCACGCAGGUGACCGCCAGGGCGGCGCUGUCGCUGCUGGGAGGCGACGGAGGCGGAGGCAGCGGCGGGGCGUCCAUCGGUGGCGGCGCGGCGGCGGCUGCGUCGGGGGGCGGUGCGGGGGCGGCCAAGCUGUCGCUGCUGCCCGACACGGACCGCGAGUCCUAUGAGAAGCUGCCGCGCAAGGUGCCGCUGGUGGUGCCGCGCAACGAGCCGCGCCGGCUGGUGCUGUGGAACUCGCUGGCGCAGCAGCGGCAGGAGGUGGUGGCGGUGCGCGUGACGACGGCCAGCGUGCGCGUGCUCGACCCGGACGGGCGCGCCAUCCCGCACCAGCUGAACCCCGUCUGGAACCUCACCGACGCCGCCACCGCCGCCCCCAACCCGGCCGCCGGCGGCCAGGACCGCCAGGACGCCAGGUACUCGGGCGGCGUGGGCGGCGUGGGCGGCGAGUCGUCGCCGGGCCCCUACCUGCAGAUGUCGGGCGAGGAGUUCGAGCUGCUGUUCGUGGCGGACCUGGCGCCGCUGUCGCUGGCCGUGUACACGGUGGAGCGCGCCGAGGCGCCGCCGCCGGGCUCGCGCGCCGUCGUCUACUGCGCGCGCUGCCGGCCGCCGCCCGCCCCCGCCGCCCCCGCCGGCCAGGAGGCGCAGCCGGCGCCGUUCGAGGUGCGGCCCGUGCAGGCGGGCGACGUCCAGCUCGAGAACCACCGCCUCAAGCUGCUGCUCGACGGCCGCACCGGUCUGCUCAGGGCCAUCACCCGCAAGGCGACGGGCCGUGUGACGCAGUGCGGCCUGCUGUUCGCAGCGUACCCGUCGGCGCAGUUCCACAGCGGCGCGUACCUCUUCAUGCCGGACCCCAACUCCAGGGAGCCCGAGAGGGAGAUCCUGGGCCAGGGGGAGGAGGGCGAGAACGGGCCGCCGCUGAUCGUGAUCACGUCGGGCCCCAUCGCCUCGGAGCUGCGCACCGUCUCUCGGCCGCCCUCGCUCAUCGACCACACGGCUCGCAUCUACCACGCCGCGGGACCGCUCGCCGAGGGUGUGAGCCUGGACGUGGUGGUGGACCUGGGAGCGCCGCCCAGAAACCGGGAGACGGAGCUCUUCAUGCGGCUCGUCACCGACAUCAGCAACGGGGACCCCCCAGAGUUCUACUCUGACCUCAACGGCUUCAGCAUGCAGCGGCGUGUCAAGGUGGAGCGCGUGGGCAUCGAGGGCAACUACUUCCCGGCGACGACGGCGGCGCUGGUGCAGGACUCUGGGCGGCGGCUGACGCUGCUGGUGAACCGGGCCCAGGGCGCGGCCGGCUGGCAGCCCGGCUGGCUGGAGGUGAUGCUGGACCGGCGCACGCUGUACGACGACUCGCGCGGCAUGGGCGAGGGCGUCGUCGACAACAAGCGCACCGCCUCGCGCUACUGGCUGCUGCUCGAGGAGCUAGACCCGGCCGCCGCGCCAGGCCAGGUGACGCGGCUGAGCCUGGCGGCGCACCACCUGUCGAACGCGCUGCUGUACCCGCCGUCGCUGCUGGUGGCGGAGGGCCCGGCGCGCCAGCCGCGGCCGCAGCGCCGCCGCCUGCUGCUGGACCGGCCGCCGCCCUGCGACGUCCACCUGCUCACGCUGCGCCAGGCGCCCGCCCACGACGACCCCGCCUUCCCCUCCACCUCGGCGCUCAUGGUGCUCCACCGGCAGGGCUACGACUGUGCCGUGACGGGAUCUACGGUCCCGCGCUGUGGUCCUCUAGAUGCCACAUCCGACAAGGCCUUCCGGCCGGGAACCACUUUCCGCCCCGAGACCCCGGUGUCCAGGGUGUCGCGGGUUUCACUGACCGGACUCCGGGAACUGCCGGGCCCCCUCCCCGACGCCGCCGACCUGGGAGCGGGGGCGGGUGCACCCCGCGUCCGGCCGAUGGAGCUGGCCGCACUCAACGUCACCUUCGCCGUCGUCUGACAGGGGGGCCGGAGACGGCUACGGCGGUGGGCGGCGUAGUGUGUCCGGGCUGCCGACGCCCCCGCCGGACACCGCAUUCGCCGGACUGCUGCGGCGACGACAUCCGGGCGAGGCCCUCGUGGGUCACCUCCCAUCCACUUCUACGACAGGUGUUGACGGGACGUUCGUACAGUAACGUGAGGAAUACUCUCAGGCGUGACGCAUACACUCAGGUCAGAUCACUGCACCAAUAUUCCACUGUCGGGUAUUUUAUCGUGAGAUGUGCAGCAUUAUACCGUCUCACCGGAAAGUCAGGCAGGGCACCCUAUCCGUACUCCAGUAUCUCUGGGGCUAAAUGAGGUGGAAGACAAAUACGAGUGCUGUGUAGCCCCGACUUAUUGUGGGUACAAUAACCAAAGUGUUAUCUACCGUGUGGACCUACAUCAGCUAGGGAGACACUGUGACCUUCCCUCUACCAUUUCGAACCUACAUCACUCACGCUAAAAGAGACGGAAGCUCAAUAGAUGACGGGCAGCAGUGCUGUGCAGCCCAAAUUGUGCUAGGAACAAUAGUCAAUCUUGGCAGUAGUAGAUAGCUCUCAGGUGUGGUGCGAACACUCAGGUCAGGUCAUUUCUGUGCACCAGUAUUUUACUGCAUUGGACAGGAUUCUUCACCCAUAUUCCAAGUGUCAUAGUGACUAAAGGAGACAGAGGGAAACAUCUGUGCUAUGCAGUCCCAGCUUAUAUGGGCAACAGUCCAGCUAUCCAGUACCAUGUGUACCUAACACACGUAUGCAGAUUGUGCUGAGUCUUAGGAAGACAGUGACCUUCCACACAAAAAUUAGAACCUUAGUUGGGCAGCACGGAAUGCCUUCAUUACAAUCAUCUCACUGGUCAAAUGAAAUGGGAGCUCAGCUAAUGAUAAAUAUAAGUGCUGUGAAGUCCAAUUUAUGCUAGGAGUCACUUUCAGCUUGCCCCCGUCCAAACAUACAUUAAUCGGAAAGAUACUCCACCUUUGCUGUACCAUUUGGGAUAAGUCUUGUUGAUGAACUGUCAUACAGUCAAGUGCUAGAAUUGUUAAUCUGUGUCCCUGCAUAAUUUGUGCAGGUACCAGAGAAUGUUGAUACUUGUGCAAUGAUCACUGGUGUAAGAGGAUAAAUGUGCAAAAUUUCACUUUCAUCUGCUGUAACUUGCUCCCAAACAAGUGUAAAUAUUAUUAUUGCUGCCAGAGUGUAAUCAGGGUAACUAAAAUGGAAAAUUGCUUUUCUUUUGUCAUGAUAUAGUUCUCCACUGAUGGUGGUGCCUUCACUUGAUAGAUUAGAGUUUGCAAUAUGUAUUGACUGUACUGGCCAAUGACAUUAAGUCUUUUGUAAGGACCCUCUGAUGUAUGCAAAAGUAUUAGACAGUAAAACACCAGUGCAGAACAAAUGUAUCGACAUCUACAUUACUGCAUGUGACUGGUCUACAUGAGUGUAAUUGCCAUAAAUGUGUUUUGUUGGGUCUAUUAUCCUCAUGAUUAUGAUGAAUGUUUAGACUUGCAGAAACGAGAUUCUGAACUGAGGAGUCCGUACAUUUUUCUUCGUGUUACGUGUUUCCUGAGGAUGUGAGUGAUCAGUUAUUUCGAGCAGCAAAAUUCUGUUGAGAGUAAUAGUGAGUGACCUGUUUGGCAUUUUAAAGUUUCGUACAGUUUAAGAAAACAAGUGCAGUAUGGUAGCAACAUUUGACUCCUCUUCCUGAACGAAUUUGCUUACAGUUCUGGGGCUGUUGUUCACCCACAUGGAAUCUACAUUUUGGUCAGCUGGAUUUUGGCACGAUACUUCACAAAGAAAGUAACAUAUGUUGUUCCACCAUUUAACACAUCUUCAGUGAAGUAUGGAGAUGAAUUCCUCACAAGAAAAAUGUCCCCUAAUUCAUUGGGAGGAAGGAGGGGUUUGGGUAUUUGAAAACUGGCCUCAUUCAGCAAGGAGGGCUUGAGUACAUAAAAUUGAAUGACACAUAGAUGUAAUGGGGAAUGGAUAGCUUGGGUGCAUAAAACUGGAUGGUACGUAAAUGUAGUUUAAAAGAGGAUCGGACAUUGGCGUCCAAGUGGAAUUCUAUGUUGUUUUCUGUGUGACUGAUAUUUAUUGGCAUUUUCUGAGGGUACUUUAUGCUUUCAUUGACUUACACAUCAUUCAUUCACCUGGCAAAGGGUAUGCAAUGUACUGUGGUUGCUGUCCAUUGGCACAAUAGGGGUGUCGACAUGCAGUCACAUACGUGGCUGCAUCAUCAGGUAACAAAGUGUGGAUUCCAUUGGCGUAUGCUAAAUUGUGGAACGAAGUAGUUCAAUAUUACUGGUGACAGCAUUGCCUUCCUGUCGAAAGGAGGACUUAAUAUGUGGCUCUGUCUUCAGUGGCAGUUGUAUCAUUGAUCCCCAUCCAUUGCAUGGCCGUCUGAGUACACUAUCUCUUUCCUGUACAAUUUGAGAAACAAAUCAUCACCUGCGUUUAAAAAUUAAAAUUUUUGUUGCUCACAGAAAGGUAUCGAACAACAGUCGCUACACGAGUUCUACAUCCCUUGUUUCCUUUGGCCACAUACUGCCUAACACUUAUUUCACUGACUGCCUCAGAAAUUCUUCUAUGCACUCAGUCAUGCAUAUCCUCGGCUGCUGACACAAACUUUAUUACACAUAUACUUUAUAUGACGUAUUACCCACAGGUAGAUUAAAUUCUGUGACACUCAUUUCACUCUAGACCCACAGAAAGCAUAAGAGGUAAAUGUUUACACACACAGAUGCCUUAUUAGAUGACACCUAUCUCUCAUUUCCUAGCAAACUCCUCGCUCUCCAUUCUGACAAACACAAUACUUCCAGUUUUGUGCCAGGAAUUUGCAGUGCAGCCAUUCACUCAUUUCACUUCGUGCUAAAGGGCGGAAUAUUAUUGUAACAUUGUUGUACAGUGUUCUCCUUGCCUGUAAAAGCAGUUUAUGGGGAGGUCUGCCCUGUGUUGUUUUGUUCUUUUCAUAUCUUGCCAUGCACUGUGAAUCCAACUCCGUGCACACUUAAAACAGAGCUGUUAUUCAAAGUAGGUUUUUGACUGCAGAGUCACAGAAAGUGGAAAUGAUGUGCAGUGCCAAGAGGUAGAGGUUCUGCAUUCACCUGCAUUUUUAAACUCAAUAUUCUUUUUUUUUAUCAGUGAAAAUUGUUGACAUGGAAGUUUUAUACAUAACAUAGUAGGGCUAAAUGAGGAUAGGGUUUACGAGUCUCAUGGGCCACAUUUCGUAAGUCUGUAUUUGUAUGUACAAAGAGCAAUGGAAAAUACCAAAAAUUUAAAUGAGAAGUACACUUGCAAGACGCUCUCUAAUGGUAACGGAUGUGUUUUUUUAACAGUACAUUCCUUCUUCACCCCCCCCCCCCCCUUAUUUCUGCCUUCUUCCCUUAUUUCUAUUAGCUGUACUGGGUCAAAUUUAAUGAUGGGCAAAGAUAGUGAGUCGGUGCAGUUAGGCAGUGAACCAAUGUGAAUGACACAAUUUAUAAUGUUAAUGAGACGACGACAGUUAUAUGACUUGCCAUGCCCUGCUUCUACGUUUCGUUGUCUUCUGGUUUGCCAUUUUUUUUUUACCAGAGAGAAACAAAUGUGAAAGUAAAUAAACAUUUUUUCAGUGGAGAUUCCAAGAACAGCAACUAAAAAGUGCUGAAAUAAAAGUGUUAAUUUGUAGGUAAAAUGUGAAUGAGAAGAAAAUAAUGUAGAAUGUACUUGCCAUCAAAGAGCUUCUGUCGUGUACGAGUCCUGAACCACAGUGCAUUUGGUGUGGGAAUUGACCUGAUGUGGAGUUACAAGACUUGCGUGGGAGUGCAUUUCCUGAUUGAUUUUUUUUUUUUUUUUAAAUAUCACAUGUGGUGCCCUGAAAGUGAACAGUUUGAAAUGUGUACGUGCGUGUUUAUGUAUGUGUCUGUAUGUGGUGGGAUCACUGUCUGGGUGUAUAUAGAAUGGAAGUCUUGUUAAAAGUCAAUAUUUUUUACAAUGAUAUUACUACAACUAUUGGUGCAGAGAGAGAUAGAAGAAAGGAACGGAGGACUGAGUGAGUGAAUGAAGUAGAGAAAGGCAAAUAAAACUGAUGUUACUGUGAAAUUAUGUAAAUAAAAAUGUGAUUCUAUUAAUAUGGAAUAAAAGUGUUAUUAAAGGUGCUACAAGAAUA